AAACACGGAGGGGUAAGCUUGAGAUUUCAUCGUUGAACGAAAAUCUGUUGGGACACCAAAAAACCAUUUUCGCUUAUAUUAUAAGAUUUCUCUGAAGUCUAAACCCUAACAAAAUUAAGGGUUCAAUAAGGCUCUCUGUAUUUUACACUGACAAAGCGGUAGAGAUAAGAUAAGACAGUAGUAAUGGGGUCGAAGAAGACUACCGAUCUCGAGGCUCUUGCUGAGCGGUUGCAGGAACAGGGUUUCUCUUCUCUCUCUACGCUGGACUUGAAGCUUUUAGGUUCCUCCCAUAUGACAUGGAAAGAAAAGAAGGCUUUGCAAAAUGAAAGGGUAGUUUCUCUCGGUGGGAAGCCUGUUAAGAAGCAAAGAGUACCACUGAGUCUUGCAAGAGUCACAAUGAAGAAACAAAAGGAAAGACAACAGAAAACACUACAAGAGGAUAUGGUUCUCGGUCGUUUUGGGGGGAACAAAUCAAGUUCUAGUAAUAGAGCCCCAGGGAAGCGAAAGGCGGAGGAUAGCGUACUGAGGUCAACUGAUGGGUAUUUCAAAAAUGGUGUAUUGAACGUGAAGCAUCUAUUGCACAAUAAUUCUUCAAGAAGCAUGGAAAAUCGGCCAAGUCGGCCACAAGCGUUGAAUUUUGGUACUGGUACUAGUGACAAAGGAAAGAAAAAGCAAGGUGGUGGAAAGAAGAAAGGAGGUAGGAAGCACGGCAAAAAGAGGCACUAAGGAUUUUCUUUUUCAUCGGAUGUUUGGCCGUGUACGUUAAAGAACAAUGCUUUUAGGUCUGAUGUUUUGUAGUCCCCGAAUAUACAUGACUUUAGGUUUCAACUUGUACUG